AUGGAGCAGAAGCACAUCUUCACGGCGCUCUCGGCGGUCGGACUGGGCGUCGGCGUCGGGAUCGGCCUAGCCUCCGGGCAAACGUCAAGCAGAUGGGCCCUCCCCAUGCAUCCCUCCCUGUCCCCCGGCGUCACUGCCGAGCGCGUAGAGCAGGAGUUGAUGAGACAGAUAGCCGAUAUGAAGGAUAGCAACGUUACCUUCAACGACUUCCCCUACUACCUGAGGUUAGUCCAUUUUAUCUCAUCCUUCUCUGUUCGGUGCGCAUCACCUAUCCUCCUCUUCUUUUGCGUAGCUCCCAGAAGAGGGAGGGAUCUGGUAUCUGGUGAAGGAAGCAUCAGGGUAGGGGGGGGGGUGGUUUCUGCAUAAUAAAAACUUCCUCCGGAAUUGAUAUUCUUUUGUGGUGAUGACAGCGACCAAACGCGCGCCUUACUAACAAGCGCAGCCUACGUUCACUUGAAACAAGGAGAUCUUUCAAAGUAUACCAGGAACCUUUCUCCGGCAAGCCGUGCUAUUUUGCUCUCAGGACCUGCCGGUAUGUUGCUCACCCUCUUCAUGGAAAAUGUGAAGUAUGAUAUCAUGCUUCAAUUCGUGGGUAAUUACCCUAAACAUUUCUCUUUCUGAAGAACUUUACCAGCAGAUGUUAGCAAAGGCGCUAGCCCAUUUCUUCGAGGCCAAGUUGCUAUUGCUUGAUGUCACAGAUUUUUCACUCAAGGUGGGUAAUUUGAUUGCCCUUUCCCAUGGUUUUGAUUCCAUUUCCUUAUAGUUGCCGCACAAAUAAUUUAUUGGAUGUACUGUCACAGAUCCAGAGCAAGUAUGGUAGUAGCUCCAACAAAGAGUCCUCCGUAUGAAUCCUGGCCUCCAGCGUUGACAUAUGCUAUUUGACCAUGCAUAGUUUCAUAUUUUAUUGGUCUAAAUUUGCUUUGUUUUAUGUUAUCGUUGUGAUCUGCUCAUAGAGUUAGGCCCAUCUCUGAUACAGACAACACUCAUCUUUAUUUUUGUAGUCUUUUAAAAGAUCGAUAUCUGAGACGACACUUGAGAGGAUGUCUUCUUUGCUUGGAUCAUUUGCAAUCCUCCCACUAAAGGCGGAACCAAAAGGUACUCAAUAUCCCCAGUGUUAGUCUCGUCCUAUAAAAUUCUACGUGCAACCAUGGCUCUACUAUCAUAGUACCAUGAAUCUGUCUUCUUUCUACUGACAUUUGGCGAGUGGUUCAGAGCUUGUAAAAUUAGCAUAUGGAGCUAAAGUCGCUGGAGAACAAGACCAUCAUCUCGUGCUACUUAUCAUAAGGAGGCAAAAGAAGAGCAUUAGUGAAUUGUAGCAUUUUUUCAUCGAUUCCGAAGUCUCAUAUCUAAUGUCAUGCAUUCCUUAAAACCCUAUCCUUUCACCCCUUACACUUACUAUGCUUCAGCCAUUGCUGCAAUUCUCACUGUUAUCGUCAAGAAAUGCAAUAUUUACCUCCAACAUUUCUUUUUUCUGUCAGAUUGGUCUCUUUUUUCUUAUAAUUCAAGUGUUUAUCGCAGGCACCUUACGUAGGCAGAACAGUGGGAUCGAGAUAAGGACAAGGUAGAGUCCAUCCAUAACUCUCUACAGUCAAGCAAGAGCUAGAAGUUUUGACCCCAAAUCAUAUCGUCCUUUAAUUAUAGGCUGACCGAGGGGUCUGGCGCCCCAAAACUUCGUAGGAAUGCUUCUGCAUCGGCUGAUAUCAGCAGUCUCACCUCACAGAACGGCCCUGAAAGCUCAGGUUCACUUGCAUUUACAGGCGCAAAUUUAACAAUACUACGUUCAGAAAUGGGAAUUUCUAGUGAUGUUCUCGGUUGCAUUUAGGAAAGAUACUAAUAAUCAAGAACUAACUUAAAAAAAUAAAAUAUCAUGUAUUAUGAUCAGCGGGUAUAAUAUUUAUGGGCUUAGCAGCUGGAAUUGAACAAAAGCAUUAGCACUGCAAGUGAUAUCUCCUCAAUUAAACAUUUGGACAACCAACCAGGUUAAGGUCUCUGCUUGACUUUUAUGGGUCGUUUAUUUCAGCCCCUCCCCUCAAGCGCACCAGCAGCUGGUGCUUCGACGAGAAGCUCUUUGUACAAUCUCUCUAUAAGGUAUACUGUACGACCAUGUUCUUUUCACAUGCAUGCCGUUUACUUUUUGUUAUUUUCUGGUUCAAAAAAAAAUUGGGCAAUCCCAAUUUCAUUCUUCUUCUUUUUUUUGUGUGAGUGAAGGUUCUGGUUUCGGUAUCCAAGGCCAACCCAAUCGUGUUCUAUGUGCGGAACGUUGAGAACAUUCUAUAUAGGUCACAGAGGAUGUACUCGUUGUUCCAGAAAAUGCUGCAGAAGCUAACAGGGCCCGUGUUGGUGAUUGGUUCAAGAACGCUGGAACCUGGCACAGACUACAGAGAGGUUGACGAGAGGCUCACGGUUCUGUUCCCUUACAACAUUGACAUUAGACCACCAGAAGAUGAGACCAAGCUGGUUAGCUGGAGAUCUCAGAUGGAAGAUGACAUGAAGGUAAUUCAGUAUCAAGAUAAUAGAAACCAUAUUACGGAGGUACUUGCAGCAAACGAUCUCGACUGUGACGACCUGGGCUCAAUCUGCUUAACGGAUACGAUGGUUCUGGGCAAAUAUAUAGAAGAAAUUGUGGUGUCAGCUGUUUCUCAUCAUUUGAUGAAUAACAAAGAACCAGAAUACCGAAAUGGGAAGCUUAUUAUUUCUUCCAAAAGGUUAGAAAUACGCGUAAUUAUUUUGGUAGAUGAUCAUGGGAAAUUGACAUUUCAUCCCCUUUUUGACAAGUGAAUAUCUCAAUAAUGAAACAGUCUGUCCCAUGGAUUGAGCAUAUUCCAGGAACGUAAGCUCGAAGAAAAGGGUACCCAGAAGCUUGAAGACAACAUUCAAUCUGCAAAGGUAUGACCACGUUUAUGUUGAAAAUGUUAGAUUAAUGCAAACAUUUUAUGUUGAAAAACAAUAGCAUUAUGUUUUAGGUGGCUGAGGUGGGCACUGCGGCUCCCAAAAAAGAUGAGACAAAACCGGAAGUUGUGGCUCCUGAAAUCAAAAGCAAACCAGAUGAAUCGAUUCCUGUGAAUAAGGAUGGUGGAGAUUCAGCUCCACCAUCGAAAACAACGGUGGGCUGAAUUUUUUAAAAUGUCUUUGUUAUGCUUCUACAAGAGAGAAAGCUAAACAAAACAAUUCACGUUUUAAGCCUUCCAUAUCAAUGAUUUUAUCCACAGGAAGUUGUUCCCGAUAAUGAGUUUGAGAAGCGAAUCAGACCCGAGGUCAUCCCUGCCAGUGAUAUUGGAGUCUCAUUCGACGACAUAGGUUCCAUGGAUGAAAUCAAGGAAUCUCUUCAAGAGCUGGUGAUGCUUCCCCUUCGCAGACCUGACCUCUUCAGAGGCGGCCUCUUGAAGCCAUGCAGGGGAAUACUACUGUUCGGGCCUCCUGGCACAGGGAAGACAAUGCUGGCCAAAGCUAUUGCCAAAGAAGCCGGUGCUAGCUUCAUCAAUGUUUCCAUGUCCACUAUCACCUCAAAAUGGUUUGGCGAAGAUGAGAAGAAUGUGAGGGCCUUGUUUACUCUAGCUUCAAAGGUAUCCCCCACGAUCAUCUUCGUGGAUGAGGUUGACAGCAUGCUCGGACAGAGGAGCAGAGUUGGAGAACAUGAGGCGAUGAGGAAGAUCAAGAACGAGUUCAUGGCACAUUGGGACGGACUAUUAACAAAAUCUGGGGAAAGGAUCCUCGUCCUGGCUGCAACGAACAGACCGUUUGACCUUGAUGAAGCUAUUAUAAGGAGAUUCGAGCGCAGGUAUUGGUGUCACUCUUUACUUCCCCCCGUCCAAUAUAUUAUCACUUACUUAUGUGGCCCUAAAAUACCUCUCCUGAUGAGUAGAAUCAUGGUCGGGUUACCGACGGUAGAGAGUCGGGUAUCAAUUCUGAGGACGCUUCUGUCAAAAGAGAAGGUUGAGAAAGGGCUCAACUAUCAGGAACUGGGAAUAAUGACAGAAGGGUAUAGUGGAAGUGAUCUCAAGGUACGUUUCUAUUUUCUUCUCUUCUGUUCCUUCAAUGCUACACAUUUGGCAAUAAGCCUGCAAAUGAUGACUACAGAACCUAUGCACAACGGCUGCCUACAGACCUGUUAGAGAGCUACUACAAAAAGAAAGACAAAAAGAAUUGGUACGCACUGGUUUUCAGUCAGCUUGUAGAGGUGUGAGAUCCAUACUGAUCAGGGAAAUCUAAUUUCUUGGUAAACUUGUCAUUCUGAUAGGAGGGGAAGAAAAAGCGUGAGUCAGUGGAGAACUCUACAGAGGCCUCGGGCUCUGGAGAAGAUGACAGGGAAGAGACAAUUACCCUCAGGCCAUUGAACAUGGAAGACAUGAGGCAAGCAAAGAAUCAAGUACGUGCUGAUCAACUCUUGCAAGGUUCUUUCCAUCUGAGGUUUCUUCAAUGAUUUGAUAUUUUACACUCCAUAUCUUGCAGGUUGCUGCCAGUUUUGCCGCUGAGGGUGCUAUCAUGAACGAAUUAAAGCAAUGGAAUGACUUGUACGGGGAAGGCGGAUCAAGAAAAAGGGAGCAACUCUCAUACUUCCUUUGA